CAGGUCCACAACAGAAGCAAUUCUAAAGCAGCAGUUAGCUCACAGACCCACGGUGCCCUUGUCCUUCUACAAUGGGCCUCUAUCCUCUCGUCUGGCUUUUUCUUGCUGCAUGUACAGCUUGGGGGUAUCCAUCCUCACCACCUGUGGUGAACACCGUUAAAGGCAAAGUCCUGGGGAAGUAUAUCAAUUUGGAAGGAUUUGCACAGCCUGUAGCUGUUUUCCUGGGAGUCCCCUUUGCCAAGCCCCCUCUUGGUUCCUUGAGGUUUGCUCCACCACAGCCUGCAGAACCCUGGAGCUUUGUGAAGAACACCACCUCCUACCCUCCUAUGUGCUCUCAAGAUGCUGUUGGAGGGCAGGUUCUCUCAGAGCUUUUCACCAACAGAAAGGAGAACAUUCCUUUACAGUUUUCUGAAGACUGCCUCUACCUGAAUAUUUACACUCCCGCUGACUUGACAAAGAACAGCAGGCUACCAGUGAUGGUGUGGAUCCAUGGAGGUGGACUGGUAGUGGGUGGGGCAUCUACCUAUGAUGGACUGGCCCUCUCCGCCCAUGAAAAUGUGGUGGUGGUGACCAUUCAGUAUCGCCUUGGCAUCUGGGGAUUCUUCAGCACUGGGGAUGAACACAGCCAGGGCAACUGGGGUCACUUGGACCAGGUGGCUGCAUUACACUGGGUCCAGGACAAUAUUGCCAACUUUGGGGGCAACCCAGGCUCUGUGACCAUCUUUGGAGAGUCAGCAGGAGGUUUCAGUGUCUCUGUUCUUGUCUUAUCUCCUCUGGCCAAGAACCUCUUCCACAGGGCCAUUUCUGAGAGUGGCGUGUCCCUCACUGCUGCUCUGAUUACAACAGAUGCCAAACCCAUUGCUGAUCUGGUUGCUAUUCUUUCUGGGUGUAAAACUACCACAUCAGCUGUUAUGGUUCAUUGCCUGCGCCAGAAGACAGAGGACGAACUCCUGGAGACCUCACUAAAAUUGAAUCUUUUUAAACUGGACUUACUUGGAAACCCAAAAGAGAGCUAUCCCUUCCUCCCUACUGUGAUUGAUGGAGUGGUGCUGCCAAAGGCCCCAGAAGAGAUCCUGGCUGAGAAGAGUUUCAACACUGUCCCCUACAUGGUGGGCAUCAACAAGCAAGAGUUUGGCUGGAUCAUUCCAACGCUUAUGGGCUAUCCACUCUCUGAAGGCAAACUGGACCAGAAGACAGCCAAUUCCCUCUUGUGGAAGUCCUACCCAACACUUAAAAUCUCUGAGAAUAUGAUUCCAGUGGUUGCUGAGAAGUAUUUAGGAGGGACAGAUGACCCUGCCAAAAAGAAAGACCUGUUCCAGGACUUGAUUGCAGAUGUGAUAUUUGGUGUCCCAUCAGUGUUGGUGUCUCGAAGCCACAGAGAUGCUGGAGCCUCCACCUACAUGUAUGAAUUUGAGUAUCGCCCAAGCUUUGUAUCAGCCAUGAGACCCAAGGAGGUGUUAGGAGACCACGGUGAUGAAAUCUUCUCAGUAUUUGGAUCUCCAUUUUUAAAAGAUGGCGCCUCAGAAGAGGAGACCAACCUCAGCAAGAUGGUGAUGAAAUUCUGGGCCAACUUUGCUCGGAAUGGGAACCCUAAUGGGGGAGGACUGCCUCAUUGGCCAGAAUAUGACCAGAAGGAAGGGUACCUGAAGAUUGGUGCCUCAACUCAGGCAGCCCAGAGGCUGAAGGACAAAGAAGUGGCUUUUUGGACUGAGCUCAGGGCCAAGGAGGCAGCAGAGAGGCCAUCCCACAGGGAACAUGUUGAACUCUGAUCAGGAGAAUCAGCUGUGUUUAAGAACCUGGAGCCCAAGAAGUAUUAUUCCACAGACGAUUUUGUAGAGAAAUAACACUUCUUAUCUUUGAGGCUAUAACCUUAAUAUGGCAUUUUAUACAAAUGUAUUAAAGAGGAAAUAUUUAUCCUCUUCAAUGUGUAAAAAUAAAACAUUGUUUUGAAAAUCA